AUGGCGCAAUAUUUCCAUACACGAGUGUCUAUUGAUUCAAUUGCUUUUUUCCCCACUGAGUGGGAAUUUUGCCACGUGAUUUAUAAUGCAAAACAAAUAUUAAUGAAAUUUGCUCCACUUAACGAACAGGAAGAAUGGUUCGGGAAGAAACAGCUGCUCACCCUUGCUCUACUGCCUCAUAAAGUUUUCAUCAGCACAACUUCACAUUAG